AUCAUAACAGCGAAGAUUUGACACGCUAGACGAGAACAAGAAAACCAAAUAAACAGAGUGGUAUUCGUGUUUUCCAAUUUGACAAGGAAUAUUUCCCCACCACCAGACGACAGGCAGCCCCAUAAUUGGCUGAGAACAGAUGCAAUUGUACGCUCUUUAAUCUUGAAUCAGCUGGAUUGAUUUGAUUCUUAUUAGUACCUUUCACGGUCUCUUUUCUAUUCUAUUUAGUCCACCUUUCUGUACAUCUCACUUAGCUCAUCACUUUCGUUCAAAGAAAUGGAAAACACUACCGUUUUCAGCUCCGAUCAGAAGCCAACGAUUAUGAUCACAAACGACGACGGUAUUGAUGCACCAGGACUCCAAUCUCUAGUUCGCGUUCUGGUCUCUACUCAUCGUUUCAAUGUCCUAGUUUGCGCGCCUGAUUCGGAAAAAUCGGCCGCCAGCCAUUGCAUUACUUGGCGGCAUCCUAUUUCUGCUCGGCGAGUGAAUAUUGAAGGAGCAACAGCCUUUGCAGUUUCUGGAACUCCGGCCGAUUGUUCUUCUUUAGGGAUCUCCGAAGCUCUCUUUCCUUUAAUUCCUGAUCUGGUAAUCAGUGGUAUAAACAUGGGGAGCAACUGCGGGUAUCACAUUGUUUACUCUGGCACAGUUGCUGGUGCUCGGGAGGCCUUCUUUAAUGAUGUACCUUCUGUCUCAAUCUCAUAUGAUUGGGUUGGGAGUAAAAGCACUAUUCAGGACUUCACACUCGCUGCUGAGGCUUGUGUACCAAUCAUAAGUGCAAUACUUGUUGAGAUCAGGAACGGAACUUAUCCCUCAGGAUGUUUUCUGAACAUAGACCUGCCAACAAAUAUUGCUAAUCAUAAGGGGUAUAAGCUGACUAAGCAGGGUAAAAGCAUGUUUAAGAUGGGUUGGAAGCAAGUUCCUUCCAGCAUGGGAGGAGGGAAAAUGCUAUCAACAAUGACAAUGGACACAAAUUCAGCAGCACCAACAGAGAUUGAUGUAUCGGAUUUAUCACAAGAACAAAUGUGGUUCAGGAGAGAAGCAAAAGGAGCGACAGUUGAUGAAGAAGAUACGGAUCACAAAUUUCUUCUGGAAGGAUAUAUCACGGUAACUCCCCUCAGUGCCCUCUCUCGCGCAGAGACGGGCUUAGAGUACUUCAAAAAUUGGCUUCCAGGUGUGGUUGACCACUCAUCUCCAUCAGCAUUGUAAUGCUGUGAUCCUUACAAUGAUUGGCACUGUUGGGUUGCAGCUGAGUCAGAGGCCUUCCAAAUUUGAAGCAUUGAUAAGAAUUCCUUAUAUAUUGUCACAUGCAAGAUUUUUCACCAGCCUUAUGUAUGCCAGGUUUUACUUUUCAUUUUGUUUUUUUUAUAAUUGUAGUCCAAUCAAGAAUGCAAUAAAUUUCUAUCAACUGAUGAAAAAGAAAAAACCAUGGCAGUAAUGCUUUUGUAAAAUAACUCGAUUCUUGAUUUAGUGAUAAGCAAGACCAUUGACCAAUUUGAUUUGAUA